GUUCAGUCACCGACAACGCCUCUCUUAGAGAACCCUCUCACUGACACUCACCACUGCUGUGCUUUUGGUCCACUUGGACUUGAGUGUGUUCAUUGCUCGUUAGGAGUCAGCCAGUGGAGUACAAAGAAUGACAAAGAAAUAGUACUUUCACUACAUGCGUGACCAUGAAGAUCCUGAAUGAGAAAGGUCUUAUUCACUUUGCCAACUCUGGAGCCCCCGCUGAUAAAGAAGGAUAUCUGCAGAAGAAAGGAGAAGUGAAUAAAGGAUUUCAGAAAAGAUGGUUUGUUUUGAAGGGAAAUCUUCUGUUCUACUAUGAGAAGAAAGGAGAUAAAGAGCCUCUUGGUGUUAUCAUUCUUGAAGGUUGCACCAUUGAGCUAGCUGAAGAUACAGACAAUUUUCUGUUCAUGAUUAAUUUUGCCUCUUCUGGGUUGAGAACAUAUUGCCUCAGUGCUCAUUCUCAGGAGUCUAUGGAGUCUUGGAUGAAAGCACUCUCUUGUGCUGGAUAUGAAUAUGUGAAGCUAAUGGUGUCUGAACUUCAAAGCAAAUUAGAAGAAGCUACUAACAGUGCCGAAGCAAAUUUGGUGCAAGCUGCUGACCGAGACAGCAGAAUAUUAGGCAGAAUAUACAAUGACAAUGCAGUGUUAGAGACUGUGUCCAGAGGGUCAAAAUCUAAGUCUCUACAGAGGGAUCAGAAAAAAAGAGUGAAUCCUUUCAACGAUGUUGAUGAAAUGGAUUCUGAGGUUGAUCCAGGCGAUGCCUUCCGACAUAUCGCCAGAACAUCUACCAUUGAACUUGUGACCUGGUCUCUUUUGGGAAUUCAUUCAUUUGCCGAGAUGCAUGAGUUCAUCAGACACCAGGUGCAGGAGAACAAACUUGAAUCUGAUCGCUUUUCACAAGUUGGUAAAUCUUGAUGUCAGUUUGUCUUUCUUAGCAGAGUAUGUGGUAAGUGUUUUGCGUUUUGAGAAUAGCCAUGGGUGGCAACUGUUUUUUGCAAUGCUUUGCUUUUGAGUAGCAUAAUCUGCAUAUUUUCUCUUUAAAUGAGUUUAUUAUAGUUCUUUUGACUUGCUCCUGUUGUGAUAACAUUUUUCAUGUGAGCAUUGGAUAAAUGCAUAAUACUGAAGUCUGCUGCUUACAUACAUACUUUUGUAUUCUAUAAAUUUUCAUCACACAGUGCAGGUUUUGUUUUCUAAAAUUCUAAUACUUAUGGUCUGUCUCAUGUUGUACCGUCUGUAUUGAGCUCUGACUGAUUUAAAAGUAAGAUAUUAUUUUAGUUGAGGAAAGUCAGAUGCUGUUUUCUUUAUUUAAAAAAAACAUUAAAAAAAACAACUUUGUCCAUUGUGUUUUCUUCUGUUAGUUUUAUGCUGAUUUAUCCAGAACGUUUAUCACUGAUUUCUUUCCUUUUAUUAUUGCUGGGCACAUGAAGACAGAAGAAGUCAACAUCGUUUUGAAAAUUUGCUUACCUGAUAAAGUUUUUUUCUCUUGUGUUUAUUAUAGCUAAUUUAAUUGAAAUCAAUCCUAAGUUACGUUUUGCAAUUUUAUUGGUUUUUGCAGCAGACUCAUGGAAUAAUCAGAACUUAUCAAUGAAAGUUCUGAAUGUCCCUCUAAAAACUGGUUGCGUUUAGAAAAAUAGGUCACUACAGUACUACAGUUUUCAGCUGUCAAUAUUUCUCUUGUCGUUACUGUUUAUCAGUUUUACCUCCACAGAUGAAGUAUUCGUAGACUAUGUAUCGUUUCCUUCACUGUUUUUCAUUACUACAAUGAGUUUUCUUCA